AUUCUUAUUCUCUUUCUUCUUCUCUUAUUUCUUCUUCUGUUCUUCUUUGUCUGGCGAUUCUGAGAGAUUUGAAUGAUGAAAUUAUGUUACGAGAUUAGGUUAUGAGAUCACAUAUUAGUUGUUGGUGAUAUUGAGGUUAUCAAUAGUUGAUUCAGAUUCGAGAGAAGGGGGUGAGUUGGAGAAAGAAACUAGGGUUUAUGAGUAAUGAUUUCAGUUGAGGAUUUGAGUUGUGUUGAGGAUGAAGUAACACAGUUAGUGAUGAGUAUUAUGAGUUGAUAUCAAGGAAUAAGAUUAACAGUUGAUUUUCAGUUCUCGGAGAAGAAUUAGAAAGUUAGGGUUUCUAUAAUUGAUCGACAAUUCGAUUAAAGGUGAUUAAGGAGAAGUUAGAAGAUGGGUUUGUUUUUAAUUGGUGUUUGAUGAAAGUUGUGGAGUUGUUCUGAAGAUUGAUUAAGAAAUUGCAGAAUUAGGGUUCCUGAUGUUCUUCCCCAAAUUGAAUUAGGGUUUGAGUAGAAUUGAUAGUGAUUUAGAGCAGCAUAUAGAUGAAGUACAAAGGGGUAGUCGGUGGAUUGAUGCUGUGAAGCUGUUUAAAGAAGAAAUUGAAGAUUUAAAUAAUUAGAAAUUAGGUUUCUUAGCAUAUUUGGGAAUUAGGGUUCCUGUUUGUAAUUUUAGUUAUGAACUCAAUUUGAAGAAGAUGAAUUCAGUGGUAAGGUUCAAACAAGAGGAGGAUAUCUGAGGUAAUUGUCUUGCUGAGUUAAUUUAAGAAUACUAUUCAAUUUUAUUAUUGAGCUUAUGUAUAUGAUAAUGAAGAUUGGAGUUUGUGAUGGUUGUGCUGUGAAUAUGGUAUUGCAGAUUAUUGUUAUUGUUAUCUCAGUUGUGGUUGUUGAAGGUUGACUGUGCAGGACAAGAAUGGAGCCUUGAGCAUUACGGAAUAUUGCAUUGGUGAAUGUUGAGAUGAUGGUUAUUGGGCUGAGGUGUAGAGCUAAUUGAGAUGAAGAUAUAUUUGUCUGAGUUGAGAGGAUGAGCAUAAUAUGAAAUGGAUAACUUGAAUUGUAGGUGAAAGUGUGUUGAAAUCGUUCUGUGGUGAAAGAAGUAUGGAAAGAAUGUGAACUGAUAUUGCAGGUGUUGUGAACUGGAUUUGUUUAUAUGGGUAUGGGUUUGGAAGUGAACUGGUGGUGUUAAUGGGUGAACUGUGGUAGGAAGUUAAAUCUGAAUUGGAGUCUGGUGCUAUUGUUGUUGUAUGUAAUGGUAGAAGUCGUUUGGGAGUGAUCCAGUUGGUGGGUGUAGCUUGAAAUUGCACUACAGUUGGUAGUAAUGAACUCAAAUGGGGGUGGUGUUAAUCUGGUGGAGAGGUUUAUGCUGUAUUGUGAGUCUUGGUGGUGAUGUUGUAAUGGUGGCAGUUUUAGUUAUGACAUUGUAGCUGAGCUAUAGGAUAUGGUUUUGGCAGUGUUGUUGAUAGAAAUGACUGUGUUGAUUAGAAUUCAGCUGAAGUAUUCUACAAAGUGGCUGCAAUUGAUGAAUUGUGUAUGUAGGAAGAGUAUGGAUUGGUACGGCAAUGGCAGUUAGUUCUUAUUAACAACGAUCUAUUCAAAGGAUGAACCAGUGGAUCGUGGAUCUCGAGGUAGGCGUGGCUUGUCAUCAAAAGAGGACUAGAGCCACGGAAGCUAACAAAGGAAAAACUAAAGAUGCUGGUAUUAAUAAAAGAAAGAAGGACGGUCUUGGUACUCCUCACUCUCUGCCUCCUCGAGGGAGAGAACAAGGUCGCAACAAGCGUUUGGGGGCGAAUACAAGAGGUGAAGUUUGGGAGAGUGGUCGUGACCGUAGUCGACUCGUAAUCCGUGAACCUACUGGAACAGUUGAGCACGAUGAGAAAGACGAAGAGGAACGUGAGGAGGACGAAGAUAAUGAGGUUGAUCCAAGUCAAUUAGCAACCCAAACUGAAGUUGUAAAGGAAGUUGUUGGGUCAAGUCAACAACCGACACAAGGAAAGGGCAAGGGCAAGGGAAAAGGCAAAGUUAAAGUUAAAGGUUCGCACCUUCCUCAUACUGAUGACAUGAUACCUGUCCUUGCUCGUGGUAGAAUUUGGGGUGAAGCUCCACAACCGAAAUUGUUAUUUGGUACAAGGACUCGUGGACUCGUACUAUCUAUCAAACCUAUAUAAGAAUUUUUUAUCUUGUGCAUAUGUAUUGUUGUGUAUUUAUGUAAAAUCUCUUAAUUGUGUUGUCUCCUAAAUGUAGGAUCAUAAGAAGGUUGUGCGUGUUUGCCGAAACCAAGCCGUGUCUAAUUGGGAUUUGUUUAAGGAAUGUGAAGAGGUCCAAACAUUAGUAAGGUAUUCUGACCUAUAUUGUUUGGUUGAAAAUUAUGUGAAGGGUGAUUUUGAGACAGUCAAUUGCUUCGUA